UCCAUCGUCCUUGCAUCGCCCGGUUGUUCUGUGCACAGGCCAAGUGUCGUAUUACGGCAUUCCCCAAGGGCCGCCACGCGUCUCCCCAGACCUGUUUGGCCGCCGCCCAGCCUCGUCUCAGUUCGCGCGACGACACAAACGCAGCGACCGCGAGCGCAUCUUCUUCUCGUUCGGCCAUUUUCCCACGGGAGAUUGCACCCGCGUCCUCUACUCUCAUCGCUAGUCGCUCCUCUUCAAGAAGAAGAACGACAUGCCCGCACCACUAUCCUCCGGCGGCAACGGCGGCGGCGGCGGCGGCUCCAGCUACGGCUAUGUGACGCUGCUGACCUCAGACUCCUACCUGCCCGGCGCAUUAGUCGUAGCGUCCUCGCUGCGCGCAACGAUAACCCGAUACCCCCUCUAUGUUCUCGUGCCAACCAACGCCCUCGCUCCGUCCUCCAUCGCCGCCCUCGAGCGUGCCUACGACAGGGUCGUCCCCGUCCCAUUGCUGAGGUCCAACGAGUCUGGGAACUUGCAGCUGCUGGGCCGUGCGGAGCUCGACGUGACGUUUACCAAGCUGCACGUAUUCGACCCAGAGGUCUCUGGUCUGGACAAGGUCGUGUUUCUUGAUGCCGACGUGAUGGUUACCCGCAAUCUGGACCGUCUGUUCGACUACCUUACUGCGGACGUCGUGUUUGCUGCAGCGCCUGAUAUCGGCUGGCCUGACUGUUUCAACUCUGGCGUCUUUGCUGCUGUACCGAGACGCGAUAUCUUUGAAGGUCUGGUGCGCACAGUCGCGGGCAGCGGAAGUUUCGAUGGCGGCGACCAGGGCUUGUUGAACACAUACUUUUCAUCAUGGGCGUCGGGCGUGCCUCAGCCAGGAGGUUCUCAACACCGCACUGCGCGGAUUCCAUUUACUUUCAAUGUCACCCCGACAUCUUUCUAUUCGUACCUGCCGGCGCUGGUGCAUUUCUUCAACGACAUCUCUGCUGUGCAUUUUAUUGGGCAGGCAAAGCCAUGGACUUUGCCCAAGGAAGGGAACGAUUCGGUCGUCGGUGGAAAGGAUGGCCCAAUGGGACAGUUCCUUGCGCGCUGGUGGAACUUCUACGAUGCAGUUAAGCACGUCCUGAACUACGGCUCACAGAGCGUGGGUACACCAGCUACGAAAUAUAACAACUGGACCGGUAGUGUGAAAGGUGGCGAAGGACCAUCCACCACAUCGCGUAAUCAAAGAUCAGGGCAACAGAGUGGAGGACAAUCUACAGACAACGUUGUCGAGUUUUCCAACUACCGAGUCGCGUGGGACGAACGGGAGGCGUCUCCUGUUCGACGACGGUUCUCUCUGACUCAGACGCCGUUUGUGGUGACCUACCGAGCCACAUCAGAUGAAGGUUACCCGGUGUUCUUCGAUACUGAGCAGCCAAGCGCAUUGUCUCCGGAAUCGGAGCCCGGACGCGCACAAGAGAUCAGUCCUGUAACGGCUGAAUCGACCUCCCCUAAUCGUCGCCGACCGUCCUACAUCGAGUUCGAGCGCGAACACUCCCAGCAUAUACCGGUCUCCCAGAGCCCACCAGCUACGGACCUGGGCAACUACCGCGUCGGAUGGAACGUGAGCGAACUAGGAAAAACGGCCAAACUAGCCGAAACACCACACCCGCAAGACAGUUUCAACACCCACUGGAGGUCCGAGACCGAGCUGACAUCCACAGCCCUGCCUCCCCUCACUUCUCCUCCUCGCGGCGCUACAACCCCAAGCACCCCUGGAGGCGCCCGCGGCUCGCCCGUAAAAGGCCUCACAUCCGAUGACGAAGACGACGACGAGUUGUUGGACGAUGACCGCGUGUGGAACGAUAACGAUGACGACAACGAGGCGUUUGUGUCUAGCUUGAAGACCGUGCGUCCGCGUACCGCUUCGGCGGGCUCGUCGGGUGGUCGGAAGACGCCUACCGUUGGACAGAGGAUCCCACAUUCCAACACCGGUCAGCGCGGUGAUGAUGGGCGACCCAAGACGGUGGGAAAUACUGCUCCGGGGGCUCUCGGUUAG